GUAAACCGGUUCUAGAUCUGGAAGAUCAACAAAGAGCAGAUUGUUGGGUCCUUGUUUGUACCAUUUUCGCCGGAAAUAACGCCACGACCACCACCAUCAUCACUAUCUGCACUAUCUGCACAAUAAUGAAGAAGCUUAGUCCCGCUUCUGCUUUCUUAUCUCUUAUCCUCCUUGUUUCGAGCUUAAUUAUAACUCACGUAGAAGCCGAAGUCAUAACCCUAACCCCGGACACCUUCUCUGACAAGGUGAAGGAAAAAGAUACUGCAUGGUUUGUGAAAUUUUGUGUUCCUUGGUGUAAGCAUUGCAAGAAUUUGGGCUCAUUGUGGGAAGAUCUUGGGAAAGCAAUGGAAGGGGAAGAUGAAAUAGAGGUCGGAGAAGUUGAUUGCGGUACGAGCAAAUCUGUAUGUACAAAAGUUGAUAUUCACUCAUACCCUACGUUUAAGCUCUUCUAUGAUGGAGAAGAAGUUGCUAAAUAUCAAGGGCCUAGAGAUGUUGAAUCUCUCAAAUCAUUCGUUUUGGAGGAAGCAGAAAAGGCAGCAACAAAAGCACAGAUUGACAGUGAUCGAGAUUUGUGAUUUUCAUUAAGUUGAGGGAUUUAUAGACAGAAGCAGAAGUGCAGAUGAAAGUCGCAAUGGAAUCAACAAGGUUCGACAUCUAUGGGACAGACAUCCUAGCCCUGGUCACAUUGUGGAUUGUAGACAAAGUCUGAUGUUGUUUUCUUAUCCAUCUCGUGAUCAAGGUUUGUUUAAUACCUGCUUGAGAAUGCAUUCAUUUUGUAUGCAAGGACCAGUUGAGUUGACCCAUUUCAAAAGUCUCAUCCUAUACAAGGAGUUUCACUUGAAAGUUUGAAAGUUCAUGUUUAUGAUUCACAAAAUUUUUAGCAUUGAACAUGUAACUGUGUAAUGCUUAUCGCGUCAUACUUAAUGAUUGUGAUAGGGGAAAAAGAAUGAAUUUUAUAAAAUUUUAUCUUUAAUUUCAUGAAAUUGGUAAAAUUGGUGCA